AUCUCCACUUCCCAGAGGCUCUGCUUUCUCCUGGUCCUGUCUUCCUCUCCCCCAUUGCUUCCCCAUGUUGGGAGCGAGUGGUCCUUGGGGUGACGGUGGCAGAAAUGGUUUUAGCUGCUCAAAUCAACUCAAAGCGCUCUGUCCCUCUAACGCUGCAGCUUCCCGCCAGCCGCAGCAGUUGCUGGUGCUCCUCACCACAGCCCUUGGGCGUCCUUGAGCUGGUCCUGCAGCGCUGGGUGUCUGGAUCCUGAGCACAGCCACGGAGGCAGGACCACGGCAGAAGACAACACCUUGCUGGAUCCUGUCCUGUGCCACCCCAGCUCUACCCCCAGACUUUCCCUGACGAUCUCCGAAGGCAACGGCCUUCACAGUGCUGUGUCCUUCUGCAAACAACUCUCCAGAGAGAUGAAUCUGAGCCCCAGCAAAUCCCUCGGACCAAGCAGAUGUGGCCUCUUCAGCUGGUGCAUGCGGAGGGGAGCCGGGGGUGAGCUGAGCAUCCCUGAACCCAGCUGGCGUUCUGCAACUUGCUGUUACCAUGAGCCUCUUCAUCAUUUAAGGUGUUUGUACCUCUUGUGAUGCUUCUUGUGGUUUUGUAGGACCAGCCUUCUGCUAUUUUUCCCAGAAAGUGCUGUAAAAGCAUUGUAAGGGGUGUUCGGUGAAUCAUAGGAACCGUAACGGGGACAUUGUGCUGCCCACCCAAGGGCAAAUGUGGCCCCCUUGGAACCGUUGAGAUCGGUUGUCAAUUCUUCAACAUCCAAGACUUGUUUUAAUGAUGUUUAUCAGCCGGUAGAUCUUAGUGCAUGCCUGGACUUUGGUUUCUCCUAUACAUUUUGUGCCAAAAUUUCACUCCGAACUACACAACCAUGGGCUGGGAGACUUAGAAUUCUGUCUUGUUAACUGCAUCAUUCUGCAAACGAAUUCAACAGUGCUUUAAGUUUCCAUAAACCGAGCUGGAUGUCCCUGCUGGCAGGAGGAGCGAGAUAUUGUUUCCUCACAGCGUGGGGCUUUUACCAGAUGGUAGAAGAGUGUUUUCAAUCAGAACUGGAACUCCAGAGCAAAGAAAUGCCUCAAACACUCUGAAAGGGAGGAAACUCAAACUCCUCAGCCUCUCAGGUAACUGAUACAAUAAUGUCUUAAGUUACUCCAGCAAUGUUCUAGUUUUAGCAGAAGAGAGGACCUUAGAAGGAGAGCAUAUAUAAUCUAACCUCUAUGAAAUCACUACUAGAACGAUCUAGAAUUGAGCUGUAUUUAAAGUGAUCCGUAGACUCAACUGAACAGCAUGUAGGAUGCAGCACGGUUUUUCGUGGCGUGGGUUCACCGAAUGACUAAAGGUUUCUCGAGAAAGUGGGCUGACAGUUUUAGGGGUGCUACGAGUCACACACAACCGGCCGGAGCCUUUUUCCUCAAACAAUCUGUGUCUUACGGUAAAACCGCAUCCCCUGCGCUGGAACGGGAACUGUGUUGUGUAUUUGGGUCCAUGGAUGUGUAUUCUUAAAUGAACACGAGACGGAGCGCAAGGCAAUAAGGUGCUCUCAGAAACACAUUUAGCACCUGUGUGUGUGACAUGAAUAGGUAACUGUUCACAUAUACAAUUAUUGUACAUCAGCCCAAUGGGACACACUCAAGGUCUGUACCUGAAAGUGGCUUUUUUGGACCUUCUUACAGCACUUUACUAUAGAGAUAUAAGCGAUGCUGAAACAAAAAGGCUGAAAGAGGGUAGUAAAAGUCUGUUAUUAAACUGUCCUGCACCUGGAAGCCGUGAGGGAUGUGGGUUCCUCUGGAAACGGGACAUGUGUGGGUGGCAGAAUAUGGAUCCAGGUGCGCUGGUGAGCAACACUGAUUUGAACUUUAGGCUGGGAGAGCCAAACCUGAGAUGCUUUAGACACGUGGCGUCUCCUUACGAGGUUGAAAAUGGCUUUUCCAACACUCAGGCUUUGCUUCUGCUCCCUGCCAGGUCUGUAACGUCUGAUAACCCUGCGGGAAGGUCAAGGUUAAGACUCUAGUGCAUCUAUAAGGAGAAAAAGAUGACUUUCUGCAUUGCAAAACCUUCAGCUCUGCGAGGAAAUGAAGCCUGACUGCUGCAGGUCGCAGGACCGGCGCCAUGUGGAUCCAGGUGCGCACCAUGGACGGGAAGGAGAUCCACCGCGUGGACUCGCUCUCCAAGCUCACCAAGGUGGAGGGGCUGCGGCUGCGGAUACACGAGGUGUUCGGGGUCGAGCCCCACCGGCAACGGCUGUUUUACCGGGGCAAGCAGAUGGAGGACGGGCACUCCCUUUUCGAUUACAGCGUCGGCCUCAACGACAUCGUGCAGCUCCUGGUCAGGCAGAGCCCGGCGGUCCCUCCCGUUGCUCAGGACAAGGCGCCCGAGCUCUCCGACACCGACUCCGGCUGCGGCUCCAGCCAAAGCGAAUCGGACAAGAGCUCCCACAACGGCGAAGGGGCCGCGGAGCCGCAGGACCAGCCCGGCACGGCCGCGCAGCCGCUCUGGACCGACCCCGGCUUCGGCCUCUAUAAGAUCAAUGACUUGGUCGAUGCUCGUGAUACAAAUAUGGGAGCGUGGUUUGAAGCCCAGGUUGUGAAUGUCACCAGAAAAAACCCGCCAAAUGAACCGGCUGACAGCUGCGCGGACCCCGAUCAGCCCACAGCCAUUCCUGAAGAAGAUGUGAUAUACCACGUCAAAUAUGAAGAUUAUCCAGAGAAUGGAGUUGUACAGUUGAGUUCGAGCGAUGUACGGGCUCGUGCACGGACUAUUUUGAAGUGGCACCAGCUCGAAGUAGGACAGGUGGUGAUGGUCAACUACAACCCUGACGAACCGAAAGAGAGAGGCUUUUGGUACGAUGCGGAGAUUCAGCAAAAAAAGGAAACGAAAAUGGUCAAGGAGCUGAAUGCAAAGAUAAUACUUGGGGAAGCUGGUGACUCCUUGAACGACUGCAGAAUUAUUUUAGUGGAUGAAAUCUAUAAAAUUGAAGAACCAGGCAGUACUUGUCCGCUUAGUGCCAGGCCAUUAAAACGACAAAGUGGGCCUGUGUGUAAAGCCUGUAAGGACAACCCCAACAAGACCUGCCGAAUUUGUGCUUGCCAUAUCUGUGGAGGUAAACAAGAUCCAGAUAAACAGCUAAUGUGUGAUGAGUGUGAUAUGGCUUUCCACAUCUACUGCCUCAACCCUCCCCUUAGUUGUAUACCAGAUGAUGAGGAUUGGUAUUGCCCUGAAUGUCGAAAUGACGCAAGCGAGGUGGUUUUAGCAGGAGAGAGAUUAAAAGCGAGUAAAAAGAAACAAAAGAUGGCAUCUGCUAAUUCAUCCUCGCGGAGAGACUGGGGCAAGGGAAUGGCCUGCGUGGGUCGCACGAAGGAAUGUACCAUCGUCCCCUCCAACCACUACGGGCCCAUUCCCGGCAUCCCGGUUGGCACCAUGUGGAAGUUCCGAGUUCAGGUGAGCGAGUCCGGUGUUCACAGGCCGCACGUAGCGGGGAUCCACGGCAGAAGUAACGACGGCGCUUAUUCCUUGGUUCUGGCGGGAGGCUAUGAAGAUGACAUAGAUCAUGGAAAUUCCUUCACGUAUACGGGGAGCGGAGGGCGUGAUCUUUCUGGAAACAAACGCACAGCGGAACAGUCUUGUGAUCAAAAACUCACGAAUAUGAACAGGGCUCUGGCUCUGAACUGCAGCGCUCCCAUCAACGACAAGAGCGGCGCUGAGGCCAAGGACUGGAGGGCCGGGAAGCCGGUCCGGGUGGUGAGGAACGUCAAAGGAGGCAAGCACAGCAAAUACGCUCCCGUCGAAGGGAACAGAUACGAUGGAAUAUAUAAGGUUGUCAAAUACUGGCCUGAGACGGGGAAAUCUGGAUUUUUAGUGUGGCGUUACUUACUUAGGAGGGAUGAUGAAGAACCUGCUCCUUGGACCAAAGAAGGAAAGGACAGGAUGAAAAAGCUUGGCCUAACAAUGCAGUAUCCUGAGGGGUAUCUUGAAGCCGUUGCAAAUAAAGACAAGGAGAAAGAAAAUAACGGAGACGAUGAUUUUGAUACCCUGGGGAAAAGGAGGAGGAAAAGGAAAUCAGCAGGUGGGGAGGAGAAACUCAUCUCUUCUCCUACAGGAACUCCGAAGAAAACAAAAGUUGAGCCGUACAAGCUGACAUCUCAGCAAAAAUCUCUUAUCAAAAGCGACGAAGCCAAUGAAAAACUGUGGAAUGAAGUACUAGAAGCUCUCAAAGAUGGACCGAAAUUUCUAAAUAAAGUUGAGGAGGCCUUCCUGUGCAUUUGCUGUCAGGAGGUUGUGUUUCGGCCGGUCACAACCGUGUGCCAACACAACGUGUGCAAGGAUUGUUUGGACAGAUCCUUCAAGGCCGAUGUGUACAGCUGUCCCGCCUGCCGCUACGACCUGGGCAAGAACUACACCAUGCAAGUGAAUAAAACUCUGCAGACCAUUCUCAGUCAGCUCUUCCCCGGCUACGGCAAUGGACGGUGAUUCCGUAAAGCACUUCUCAUUUCCUUGCCUUCAGACUUACUAAUGGGUUUCAAUGGGCGUAAAAAACAAAAGAAAAUAAGAGUAGUCUGUGUUCUCCCACACCCCUAAACAGUCUUCCCUGGUUUUAAAAAACUAUAAACUUCAAGGAAUAUCCUUUUGUAUGUUUGUGGGGUUUUUGUUUCUAAAUGUUGAAUUUGCGUUUGUUCUUGGUUUCUUUUCUCCCCCCCCAAGCUGCCAUUCAUCAGCACAGAAUUCUAUUGUUUUUUAAAUGGACUUACAAAGUGCUUCUGGUAAGGCUGCUAAUGAUGAUCAAAGUUCUCAGAGCGCCCCCUGUGCCCCCUCUUUUUUAAUUAAUAUUAUUUUUCUUUAAUUAAAAAAAAAAUGGCUCGGUUGCUAGAACAAUCUUCAAUGGGGAUUUGGCCAUACAGGUAGAUAUGUGCAUCACCUUGGCAGCAUUUUGAUGCUCGAUUUGUACAAAACGAUUCCUGGCUUACGCUCUUUUUUUAAUACCACACGUGGGUAUUUGCCUUUUGUUUUAUUUGAAAGAAUUAUUUUGAAUAAAUUUGCUAAAUCAGAAGCCAUUUCCUGCUCAUUUUGCAUAUCGAAACAAGCCGCUUGCGCGUAGCCAAGCGCUCGAGCAAUACCAAGUUCUACCUCAGUUGGGUUUCUUUCUUUUGGGGACCUGUCCCUCUCGCCAGAAAUGCCACUGUGGGAAUCGCUGAAGCCAUUCAAGUGCCUUUUGUCCUUUGCUGAACGACGGGCUCUGAACCACCGUAUUUCUCCUUUUUAUUUCAUAAGCACUGAAUUGUUUCAACCUGCCAACCGGAUUGGGGUAAAACACGACACUGUAGCUGACGUUCGGGUUUCUUCCUCCCGCUGGGUGUAUUAUGGUAACCUGAUUUCUCUGCCUUUGUUUCGCUGCGUUUCUACCUGGAAAUGGAGAAUAACCAAUUCUGACUCUUUUCUGAAACAUUUUCUUGUACGUGACCCCAAAAAGGCUGAAAUUUGUGAAUGGGUUUGUCUUUUUCUACCAUUACCAAAGUUUGCAGUUUAAUACCUCAACGAGACAGGGAUGUUUUUAAUCACACUUUACUGCAGACAGACUGGAACAAAUGUGCCUAUUUUUGGUUUACUUAACUCUUACCCUUUUUAAAAUUAUAAUGUUAAUAUGCUAGGGAAAAAAUACACAUUUUAUAGGUUUUUUUGCUGAAUUUGUCAAUUUUUUGUACAAUGUGCAAGUUGAAAUUCUCAAAAUAAAUAUCUUUUCAGAUGAAA